AUGCGGCGCUGCCCCCUGCUGUCGCUGCUGCUGGCCCCCGGGGCCGUUCAGCGCGGCUACACCAUCCUCAUCCUGCCCCUGGGCACCGGGCUGCGUAGCUGGGAGGCGGAGCACUUCUUCCUGGGGCUGCAGCGCAGGCAGGCGCGGGAGCGGGAGCGGGACGCGCUGCUGCAGGGGCUGGAACUGGCCGAGCGCCUGCGGGGCUGGUAUCGGCGCCACCUGCUGGAGGCCCAGCGCAGGCAGGAGCAGGCGGGGGCGGAGCCGGAUUAUUUCCCGGAUUCGUGCCCCAAUCAGAGCUGCCUCCUGCUGGCCAAGAUCCAGGAGGUGAAUCUCGGGCUGCGAAACCUACUGGCCAGCCCUGGAAAGGCUGACCCCCCACCCUGCUUCCCUUCCAGCCGGUUUGGGGGCCCCGUCUUCCAAAUGGGAAAGCAGCAGGAAUUUCAGCAGCAAGCCGUGAACGUGCUGAAGGAGCAGAACCGCCUGCUCAUCAAGGUACGGAGGCGGCCAUGGGCCCAGGAGGGGGAAUUUGGGACUCGGAAAACGGCGGAGGUAUCAGAGAAGAGCGACCGCAUCGCCCAGCUGGAGCAGGAGAAGGCGGCCCUGUGCAGGCAACUCCAGGAGAGCCGGGGCUACCGGCUGUCCAGCCACAAGGAGUCCACCUUCAUCUGA